UUGAACCUUUUACUUUGCAAUUCUUUUCCUGACAGUUAUAUCUUCAGAGGUCUUUAUCCACGGUCUUGGACCUGUUACGAUGUCAAGGCACUGGACAUUAAAGUCAUUAUUCGACAAGUUUCACCAGUGUUGCCAAACAACUACGAGGACUCAAGUCUACCUGUAAGCUGUUUUGUUGUGACGGUCCAAAAUGAUAGUGCUGACGAUCUUGAAGUGUCGAUUGCGUUCACAUUUCGUAAUGGCACCGGCAAUCGGCGAUGGGAGAAUGAGUCCGAAUGCACAUUUGCGAGAUUUACGGACGGCAAUGUGACUGGUGUAACGUUAGCCCAUACAAUUUCUCAACUGCCUUGCACUUACGGUCUAGCGACGUCUUCUGAUGCAUCUUCUCCAAGUCAAAUCUCAGUUUGCCAUAGGUUUGAUCCAUCAAAAUCGGGUAGCGCUGUAUGGGCGUCAUUGCUUGAAACUGGUGAUUUACCUGUUCAGGACAACGAGUGUCCUCCGGGCUGCUCCGAGUUAGCUGUAGGUAUCUGUAAUCGGUUCCAAGUGGCGGCGAAUAGCUCUCAGUCAAGGGACUUCGCGCGUUAUGCUAGCUUCAUCCGGGGUGCAUCCUGCCUGUGUGCCAGAGCCAUUCGGCGUCGAACGGAAUGGGAAAAUGCCCUGGAUGAAUGGCAGAAUCCGGUUCUGGAACAUCCACGGCUCCCUGAAUGGUAUAAAUCGGCCAUAUUCAACGAGCUGUACUUUAUGACUGAUGGAGGAUCGUUGUGGUUCGAAUUUGACGAUAACUGGUCCAAGAGCGAAACUCACUUAAGUGACUAUACGAAGGGUCUUAUGCGAAAGUAUGGCCGAUUUGGGUAUCUGGAGUCUUGGGAAUAUCGCAUGGUGAACACCUACGACGUUCACUUUUAUGCUUCAUUUGCUUUAGCUCAACUAUGGCCGAAUAUUGAAUUAACAGUUCAGGCAGAGUUCACCGAUCAUAUUGAACACUCUGUGGAUACCAACAUUACGUUUCACAUGGAGGGUGAUGUAGCGCGACUGAAAACCGGCAGUCGAGUACCGCAUGACUUAGGAAAUCCGGGUCUGUUUCAGUGA